UAAAGCCACAACAGCGCUCUUCUUAGUGCUCCGCUCUGUCCUGGAUAGCUAUGCUGUAGUUACAGUGUUACAAAUAAAUAAUACUCCGGUUUUUCAUAAGUUCUGCCGUGUUCCCUUCCAGUUGACUGCUUAAUCAGUUUUAGAACUACACUAGUGUUCUAAUACACGACAUCAAUGACGAUGUUUGGACGAACACGCCCACCCAACCAGGAAGCACCGAUUUCAGGCGAAACGAAACUACGUGAAAACCUGUGAAGCGUUACACAGCACAAACGAAGAAUGGCAGAAGCGGCUCCAAAUAACUACGAACUUUUUACAUGUCCGAUUUGUUUGGAUCUUCUUAGGGAUCCAGUGACUACUAAUUGUGGACACACUUACUGUAAAGGCUGCAUUACGAGCUGCUGGGAUCGGGAAGAUCAGAAGGGAGUCUACAGCUGCCCCCAGUGCAGACAGACGUUCACCCCAAGACCCGUUUUAAACAAAAAUAAUAUUGUUGCUGAACUUGUGGAACAGAUCAAGAAGACCAGAAUCCAAGCUGCUGCUCCUGUUGCAUGUACUGCUGGACCUGGAGAUGUGGAGUGUGACGUCUGCACUGGGACAAAACUCAAAGCUGUGAAGUCCUGUCUGGAUUGUCUGUUGUCUUACUGCAAAACUCACUUCAAAGCUCACAAUGAUGUCAACCCCGGAAGAAAACACUCAGUGAUUGAUGCCACAGGCCAGCUACAAGAGAGGAUCUGCUCCCAUCAUAAGAAGGUUUUUGAAAUAUUUUGUCGAACCGAUCAGAGUUGUAUCUGCUAUCUGUGCACGAUGGACAAACAUAAAGGCCAUGACACAGUCUCAGCUGCAGCAGAACGGACAGACAAACAGGUCAGUACU